GAAGAAGAAGAAGCUCGCCGCGCUCCAGACCUUAGUAACUUGCCAGGUCCGUUUGCCGCUAACGGAGCUGGCUAGCUGAAGGGACUCGAAUUCUGUUGUCGGUGACACAAAUCCAAGUCCAUCUGUGGUUGUAAACAGACUGGACGACGCAUUAUUGAGGCGGCGAGCCCUUGGUCGAGCGUCUACAUGCUAAAUAUGUGGAAAGUCAGGGAACUGGUGGAUAAAGCCACUAACGUGGUGAUGAACUAUUCUGAGAUCGAGUCCAAGGUGCGAGAGGCCACCAACGAUGACCCAUGGGGUCCCUCUGGACAGCUCAUGGGAGAGAUCGCCAAAUCUACGUUCAUGUACGAGCAGUUCCCCGAGGUCAUGAACAUGCUGUGGACCAGAAUGCUGAAAGACAACAAGAAGAACUGGAGAAAAGUUUACAAGGCCUUGCUACUACUUGCAUACCUCAUCAGGAACGGAUCGGAGCGAGUCGUCACCAGUGCGAGGGAGCACAUCUACGACCUUCGCUCCUUGGAAAACUACCAUUUUGUUGAUGAGAGUGGGAAGGAUCAGGGCAUCAACGUGCGUCAGAAGGUGAAGGAGAUGGUGGAGUUUGUCCAGGAUGACGACCGGCUCCGGGAGGAGAGGAAGAAGGCCAAGAAGAACAAGGACAAGUACAUCGGGGUGUCCUCAGACUGCACUGGAGGAGGAGGCAAGACCAGCCCGGGAGAAAUGUUUGACUCGGAGCCCAGAGGGAAGUGGGAUGAGGACUGGGACAAGAGCAAGGGAGCCUUCCCCUUCAGUGAGAAGCUGGGAGAGAUCAGCGACAAGAUCGGCAGCACCAUCGACGACACCAUCAACAAGUUCCGCAAGAAGGAGAAGGAUGACUCGCCCGACAGAAUCAGUGACGACGAGGAGGACAGGGUAUCGCGGAACGGCCGGCCGUUGUCAGGGUCGGAAUCAGGGAAUCUGUCGGGGAUGGAGUUCAAAGACGAGGAGGAGACUGUUACGACCAAGAGCGUCCAGAUCACCCAGGCAACAGAGACCACCACCACCACACGCAAACGGGGCGGCGUCCCAUCCAAAACUGUGGACCUGGGGGCCGCCGCACACUACACAGGGGACAGGAGCAGUCUGGACGCAGACAACGCCAAGACGUCGGUCAGCCAGACUUCAAGCAGUGGCCUUGCAGACCUUCUGAUGGUGGACUCUGGGUCCAGUCAGGCGGCACCAGCAGGUGGAAGUUCAGACCUCAUCGGUGGCUUUGCUGACUUCUCUUCUCCAGCUGCCUCUGCCAGUCUCCCUUCAUCAGCCGGGCCAGGGUCAAAUGGGAACGGUGAGUUUGGGGACUGGACUGCGUUCUCCAGUCCUCCGGCCACCACUCCUCCAUCUCAGCCAAUCACAGACCUGUUUGGUAGCAUCCAGCCUCACCUAGCCUCGGCCCCCACCCCGCCCUCAGCUGACCUCUUUGACCUGAUGGGCUCCAAUCACACCUCCCUCAGCACCUCCCAAAGCAUGACCUUCUCAAUGUGUGGUACCCAGAGUGUGGGCGUUGCCAACAAUGGCCUGCCCAUCUCCAGAUCACAGAACUUUGGGCCAAUGCAUGGGGGCUUAUUGCCGCAGCACAUGGGACUCCAGAAGCCCUCCCUCCCCCCCACGUGGUCGGAACCCAGCGUUAACAUCAGCCUGGACUUCCUGUCUCCUGGUAUGCAGAUGGCCAACUGUAAGCCCAGCCUCAAUAUGUUACAGCAAGAUCCCCUGCUUCCAGGAGUCCAAUCACCCAUCAACCUGGCUCAGAGUUUUGGAGGCCUGAAUCUGAACAUCCAGCCCACAGCCACACCCAUCAGACCUCCCACCAACCCCAUGAUGCCCACCAGCGCCAUGGGCCUGGGCAUGCCUCUCACCAUGGCAACAGGUACCAUGGGGAUGGGCGCCAUGAGAAUGGGAGGAGUGCCUGUCAAUCAGGGAAUCAUGGGAAUUAACAUGGGCAAGGCCCCCGCAGGCAUGGGCCUGCAAGGCACCCUGGGUAUGCCAGGAAUGGGCAUGGGGCAGCCCAUGGUCAACCCCGCCAUGGUGCAACCCAAACAAGAUGCCUUCGCAAACUCCGUCAACUUCGGGAAAUGAGAGCGCUAAAGGAUUUGUGUGGAAGAGUAUCGGUCAGAAUACACCAUUUUGAAGGAAAAGCUACUACUUGAAAAAUAUCUGAUGGUGUUACCCUUCAAUCCCUACUCUUUAUGUAUACAGGUAACUGCCAAAAUAAUGGAAACACUUGAGUAAAUAUUGAAAGCAGGUGCUUCCACACAGGUGUGG